AUGUCUAACAUAUUCAGCGACUUCACGUCUGGUGACUGCGCAGAACUACAAGUUCUUGUACUCGAGGGUACUUCAACAUCGAAAGAGCUCAUUGGAGCAAGCACUCUUUCUGUGGCUCCACAGGAUCAACAGUCAACAGUGAAAAUGCAAAUGCCACAGUCUUUCAGCUUUCAUGGCUGCUCUGUUUCCAUUAUAAACAAUAACUACAUGCGAUGAACUAAAAAUCGACAAACUGUUGAAAACUUGGCCCAAUUAUCAAUCACCAACUUGAUAUAGUUCACUAGUUCACUUGAGCUUUCCUUGCAGUUCAUAAAAGUAUUGUGGGUCAUUGCACUAUUUUAAAGGUUUUCUUUUUUUACUGAACAGUUUUGGUUGGAUUUUCACCAACUUCACAUCUGAAUGAAUGAAUGAAUGAAUUUUCAUUAGCUGUACUUUUGUAUCACGUGUUUAAAAAACGUGACAGUUACGUAAGUUUAGGCAAAUUUGGCACAAUCAAGCGCGAUGCUUUCUUUCGUUUUAUUUCCAAAUAAAUAUUUCUUCAACUUGCAUUUUCCAACUUUAUUAUUGCCUUUUCUGCCCGACUAGUUGGGUGAUACUAAAACAAUAAUUUAGACCCUUCACCCUCAAGGGCCACAGGUCUAAUCGUUAAAUAAUACUAAAAGAACUAUAUAAGCAUUUUCAGGAUUUAUUUACAACGAAACUGGAUGGCCUGUUGUGAAAUGCGGCCAUUUUGAGAAAUAAUCGUUCGUGUACAUUUUCGCAAAGGCCAAAAAUUUUCCUAAGCCGCUCAGUAAGUGUGGAAAUAUUGAUGAGCUGUUGGACUGGGUAAGUAAGCCAUUCACCCGUUUGUGUUCACCGUUCCAAAAACUUAAUGACCCAUUUAGUUGUUUGAUGAACCCAUGCGAAUGGGUGAGUAAGGCGUUUGUUCAUUCGUUUUAGCCAUUCACAAUACUUAAAAAACCCACAGAACCGUUUCAUGGACCCGCUCGAACGGGAAAGUAAGCUAUUUGUAACCCGUUUGGUAGGCGUGCAUUUGACCCGUUUAACAGAAAACCAUUAGUGUAUGUUUUGCUGUGGAAAACACUGCAAGGCAAAUAUGGUGCUGCACUUGGUUCUGUUCCUUGUGAAGAUGUCACGUUACAACUAACUGACAAUGAACUUGUUAUUGAUGAUCAAACCAGCAAGGCCUUGGCAUGCUUAAAUCCAGCAAAACAGAAGUUGGUUAUUCUCGGUAUUAGAGUAUUUUACUCAGCCACUGGAUCCUAUCUUCAGUUAAGGUUACCCCCAGGCAAUAAGCUAUUGAGAGACCUUGGUUGCCUAAAUCCCCUCAAAAGGAAUUGGAAAUCACAGAUGCAUCCAUUCAGAGUCUUACAAGGAAUGUGCAACGUCAAAUAGAUAUAACAUCCGUUGUAGAUAAGUGGAAAUUGCAGCAAGCAGACCAAGAUGUGGCCCAGCCAAAUGGUGACUGAGAGAAGUCUUUCAAUAAAUGCAAGAGUCAUCACCAGUGACAGAUCAGCACUAGGAAAAGUGACUAUCAGAGGUCUGCGUGCUGUAACAGAGGCAGUCAGAUUUAAUGAUCCUGUGAGUGGUCAACCUGCAAAUAUUGCAAGCACAAAAAAAGCAAUCUGUAUGGUCAGCUUAUGAUGCGUAUAAAGCCAGACUAGAGAAAGAAAAACAAGAAGAUGAAAAGAAGGAAGCCAAAAAAUACAAAAAGGUAAAAAGGAGAUAUCUGAAUCCAGACAGUCCCUUUCAAAAGUGCGAGGAUGCCCUAAUGAAAGAGGAAGAAGUAGUAAGAGCAGACUUGAAAACAGCUGAUGAAUUACUAAGUGAUGCAACAUCAAAACUGUAUGAUGCCCUCUCAGCAGCAACUGUAAAUUAA